GAAAGUGGUGGGAUCGGCAUAGAAUGGGAAGGUACACGCCGGAAGCCAUUUCAGAGGAAGCAAGGAUGUUAUCAUCACCUUGAGGAAUAGAUGGCGGAUCGGUUGAGCUGCUGGAUGUAUAAGAGACUCGCCAUCACAACGAGCAGGCAAGUUAGGAUUUUCGUGAGCCACCAUCUCCUCCUCAUCCAAGUCCAGCAUUGUUCAGCAUCGAUCAUGAUCCGACACCUCAAGGAGAUAGCCCUGGUGGCAGCUUGGCUGCCCCAGCUGGCGCUUUGCAAUGUGUGCAGCACUCUCGCCACUUCGUCAUCCUCCAUCAACAUUGUCCGGCCCCUGUCCGCCAAGUACAACAUGGAGCAGACCGAGUACUGGUCUACGGGAUGUGGCAAGCUCCGGCCUGAGUGCAUCAUCUACCCCAGCUCGGCGGCCGAGGUCUCCCGGAUCGUUUCGGAGCUCCGCGGCAGUAACGAGAGCUUCGCCGUCAAGUCUGGCGGCCACAACCCGAACCUGUACUACUCGAGCAUCAGCGGGGGACCGCUCAUCUCAACGGGCAAGCUGAACCAAGUUGAGCUCGACAACGUCACGCAGACUGCUCGGAUAGGCCCGGGUCUCAGAUGGGACGAGGUCGCUGCCAAGCUGGACGGGACGGGCUUCACCGCAGUUGGCGGCCGUAUUGGGAACGUGGGCGUCGGAGGGUACAUGCUGGGUGGCGGCUUGAGUUUCAUGUCGACCGAAUACGGCUGGGCAGCCAACAGCGUUGUGGCCUAUGAAUUGGUCCUGGCGAAUGCUUCCGUUGUUACGGUCACUCGGGACGCCCACCCCUCCCUCUUCAAAGCACUCCAAGGAGGCGGCAACAGGUUCGGGAUCGUGACCGCCUUCGUGGUGCAGGUCUACCCUCAGGGGCAGGUCUGGGGCGGCAACUACUUCUUCAACUCGACCCCGGCCACCGACGCCGCCCUGCUCCGGGCCGUGCGCGACUUCACCGUCAACUACCCCGACCCCAAGGCCGCCAUCAUCCUCACCGCCGAGCGCGCGGGGCUGGGCACCAUCGACUUCUGGACCAUGUUCCUGUACUACAACGGCCCGACGCCGCCGCCGGGCGUGUUCGACAACUUCACCGCCAUCCGGCCGUUGGGCAACACGUGCAAGACGCGCACCAUGAGCCAGCUGGUCAGCUGGAACAACUGGGCCGUGGUCAAGGGCAGCGUCUACACCAUCGGCACCGAGACCAUCCCCGUGCCGCCCCCGCCGGCCUCGGGCGCCGACGCCGAUACGGGCCUCGCGGCGCUUGAGGACGUGCACGCCAACUGGCGCGCCGCGUCCAAGACGGUCCUUACUGUCCCCGGGCUGAUCGCCAGCACGGCCUACCAGCCCAUCCCGCGCUCCAUGGCGGCGCUAGCCCGGUCCAAGGGCGGGGACCUGCUGGACCUCGACGACGACGCGGACCGCAUCGUGCUCGAGUACAACUACAGCUUCCUGAGCGAGUCGGACCGGUCGGCCGUGGACGUGGCGAUGCAGGCCACCUACAACGGCGUGCGGGAGCGUACCCAGGCCCUCGUGGCGAACGGGACCCUGCCCGACGUGUACCUCCCCCUGUUCGCCAACGACGGGUACUACCGGCAGGACGUCUUCGGCCGGCUGCGGCCCGAGAGCCAGGCCCUGGCGCGCAAGGUCAGGGAUGAGGUGGACCCGGAGGGUUUGUUCCAGGAGAGGAUGGCCGGGUUCAAGAUUUGA